UCUCGAGCAAUCAGCGGCGACGGUUUGUUCUUUCGUAACCAGGGAGGCAGUGUCAUUCAGCGCAGGCGCACGAGCUGCGGUUUUGAGCCCUUGCAUUUCCUGCUUGGCUGUUCCCACUCGGAGCAAUGGCAGAAGUCAGACUUUCGUUGCUCUCUGGAGUCUUAGCCGCCUUACUCAGCUCAGCGGUGCUUGCAUUAGUGGAGGAUCUCGAUGAUACAUUCAAGGACACAAGAGUAAAUGACAUCUGGCUGGUUGAUUUCUACGCACCGUGGUGCGGCUACUGUAAAAAACUGGAGCCGAUAUGGCAUGAUGUGGGAGCGGAGCUGAAGACUUCAGGGUCGCCGGUUCGUGUGGGAAAAAUGGACGCAACAGCCUACUCUGGAAUGGCCUCAGAGUUCGGAGUGCACGGUUACCCCACGAUAAAACUGCUCAAGGGCGAGCUGGCCUAUAACUACAAGGGACCGAGGACAAAAGAUGACAUUGUGGAGUUUGCAAACAGGGUGUCUGGACCUGCUGUUCGAGCUCUUCCCAGCAAACAGAUGUUUGAGCACAUGAUGAAAAGACACGACGUGCUCUUCAUCUACGUCGGCGGAGAAUCUCCUCUCAAGGAGAAGUACAACGACGUGGCGUCCGAGCUCAUCGUCUACACUUACUUCUUCUCAGCGUCAGAGGAGGCGAUGCCAGAGUCGCUGGCUCUUCCUGAACUCCCUACAGUCGUGGUCUUCAAGGAUGGAGGCCACUUCACCUACGAUGAGUACGAAGACGGCAGCCUGUCGUCAUGGGUGAACAAGGAGCGUUUCCAAGGGUACCUGCAGAUCGAUGGCUUCACGCUCUACGAGCUGGGAGAUACAGUUGCUGCCGUCCCGUAGGAAAUUGAACCUCAGAGCUGAAAUACAAACUGUCUCUUCACCAGCAGUAAACUGAUGCUGCGUGCAGGGACAGCUCAUCGCCCCAAUGUUACAGACUGUGUUUUUUUUUUUUUUUUUUACUACUUAAUUUGUCGUUUAUGGACAUCAUUGACGCUCCACCGACGGGAUAUCGCUCACAUUUGUUACCCACGUACGCUGAGUUCCAAACCCAUUUGUGCCCAAAUUUGCAACUCGCCACGAGUCACUUUGCAUGCAAAUUAGUCACUGAAGCAUCUUAAUUAAGUCUGACUGAUUAAAAGCAGCGUGCUUUACGGCUUCACUCUGUUGAAGGAACUUGGUGGAGAUUUUUAUCAAGAUGAAUAUAUGAGAGCAGCAGCAGCACGAGUCCGGACUCUACAAGAAUUUCAAUCAAAGCAUCAGGUUUCAUCCACAGGGGGGACAUUGAUGCUGUAAAAGCCUGGUCUCAAACACAUUGUAAAGUCACACUGACACAGAACCUGAUACAAUCUCUAAAUAGAAGUGGUGUUGGAGUAAAGGGUUUACGGCAAAUUGGAGAAUUUUGUCAUCUUUGAUGUGCACACGCUGUUCUACAGGGAGUGAAUGGUACAGUAUCUCUGAUACAGUGUGAACCAGAGCCUGACUCUACAGUCCAACUGAGGCUGGAUGUACAGGAGACAUCACAGCAACACAAAACAUUAGUAAUAAAACCACAAGACUCCUUUAAAUGUUCACAGACAAACAUUAAAAUACUUCACAUUUGAAGUUUAACCUGUGUUAAAUAUUGGUUUUUGAUUGGUUAUAACGAAGCCUUAGUUGAUUACAUUAACUUCUCGCACUUUUUUUUGGUCGUUCAAAAUUCAAAAAUAAGGUAAAAAUAGAUGUUAAAAAUAGUUUAAUAGUUUUUCCAACAAAUAUUAAUGAUGGAUUCAUUAUGGAGCAGAAAACGGAAUAAUAUCUGUCUUUUCUCCUUUUAGUUUUCACUUCUUGACAAGGCAAUAAAAACACAUUUUCUGUAUGAAUAUCUCAGCCUAAGUGAAGUUUUAUAACGAGCGCAUUAAACAGAAUUAUAGUCUUUGGUCAUAAAGUGCUUUAAAAUUUGUAUAAUAAACUUGUCAGUGCAGAACGUAAGUAAUGUGGUCGUUAAUAUGAUGUCUUCUCUUUCUGGUUUUUUAAAUUUUUUACACCGCACUCAAUCAUGACGGCUCUUUCUCUAUAAGUGACCGCGUACAUAAAGAAGGGGGAAAAAAAACCCAAAUGGUCCAAGAAUAGAACCCAGGGGCACACCAGAAUAUUUAAUUAGUGCUUUGACACUGUUAAAACACAAGGCUAACGAAGGCCACCGACAGUGUUGGCCUGUUGUGGUAUUUACUAAAGUUAUACUUAAGUUUAAGGUUUUAUUUUUAAAACCACAUACAUCGAAAUGUUUGUGUCUUGAGGAAAAAGGUCACGCCUGGCGGUUUGGAAUUGAUCUGUAUAGUUCCUCUAACUUUAUAGAGUAUUUUUCUAGAGUUGAGUAUUCAGAAUAUUUGUUUGUGUUUUGUGAACACGGAGCUCAUCCAACACCUGAUUUAGAAAUAAUCAAACGUCAAACCACUGGUUUGGACCAGGAUUAUUGACAUCAGGAAACGAGUCUGUGAUGGCAUUUAAUUUGCUUUGGUGAUGAUAAUGACCACAGAUGAACAUAGAUGGGGGCGGAGCGGCAUAACAUCUGGCAGUCUAUAACGUAAAGUAACUAACUCUGACAGGGAGGAUUUUUCAUGUCAUUAGGAGUUUGCAAGUGAAAAAGAUUUUAAAAUUCAACCAUUUACGCUGACAUCUGUAUGGUCAACAAAAAGCUCCGUUUGCUGAAAUCAAUCAGCAUCCUGCUGUCCUCAUUAUCUCCACUCUGUUUCACUCUGUUUCAUUGUAUAACUCCGCAAUUAAUUCAUCCGUUAAUGAAAAGCCAUAAAGAGUCUUAGUUUUUAUACCAGCCUGCGUCUGAUUGUGCUGAAAAUACAAAUAGAUUUGACUCCGUACGGUAACUCUGCAAAUAAUGAAUAUGAGUUUCCUGAACAACAAUGUUCCGGGACUCUAUUCAACCGACUCGACGCAGCGGAAAAGUACAGCGCUAGAAGUGCACUUUCCAACGGGUUUCAUUCUCAUUGUGGGCACUAAAGAGAUAAUAUUCACAAAGGAAAACCGUAAGUAAGCACUUUUCUUUUCACUGCGUUCUCAAUAAGUGAAGCAGGAGCGCAGCCAGAGAUGUUCUGGGGACGGCGCAGGUAAAUAUACGACAUAAUAGAGGCCAUGCAUCCUGAUUUUUAUUCACAAUUGCUGCAGUGACAGUUGUAUAUGUAUGUAGGGGAAUAUUUUUGCCCUCUUAAUGCCCAGCUGUAAAGCUCUACUGUUUUAUACCCCCAACUCAUCACUAGGGGGCAGACUGGCACUCUGAGAGCGCUGCAGAGAGUUUCAUAUUCACAUUAUGCAAAUCUGAAAAAAAAUCCAAACAUUAAAUGACAUUUGAAGUUCUGCAGGUUCCAUUUCCCCCCCCACACACUGUGAGUAGAUCCAUUUUUCAUAUCGCGGCUCAAAGGUUUCAUACUGAAAUAACUCCACUGCCCAGAAAUGACCACUUGUUUCCUGUUCAACCAAAGUUUAAAAAGCCUGAGCAGCUUUUAUGUAAGAAAGAAGGGAGAGAAAAAAAAAACCCCAUAUAAAUAUAUGUAUAUAUAAAGACCACUGAGUUCCUCUCUCCCUCCUUUCUUCUCCCCCCGUCGAGGCUCCUCCGCAGCCUCUUCUCUGCCUGCUAUUGUCUCCUCAGUGAUUGUGAUUUGUGCUCCC